AUGAGCUCUACGACCGGCGACUUUGAUGUAGAAAAGGACCUUCAAGCCGACAGAAGCCGGUAUUCCUCCAGAAACCGACCAAACAAUGCUCUCGACAGAACCGAGUCCAAUAUAAGCCGAGCUCUUGACGCUGAAGCGAAUAUUGACACGUCUACACCUGAAGAAGAUACCGCCCAUCAUGAGAACGGAAAGAUCAAUGAGCCUGGCCCUCCACCCAACGGGGGCUUUCACGCAUGGCUCCAGGUUCUAGGAUCUUUUUUUCUCUUCUUCAAUUGCUGGGGUACGGUCAAUACAUUCGGCGUUUUCCAAACGUACUACGAAAAUAAUCCGCUAUGGCACGAAUCACCCAGCAAUAUAUCCUGGAUCGGGUCGAUCCAAGCCUUUCUCCUCCUCCUAGUCGGCGUCAUCACCGGCCCAGCGUACGACGCCGGCUACUUUCGCGCCCUCAUCACCACAGGCGCGGUCCUCAUACCGUUCGGCUUCAUGAUGACCUCCCUCUGCAAGGAGUACUGGCAGACGAUGCUCGCGCAGGCAUUUUGCAUCGGCAUCGGCAACGGCUGCCUCUUCAUCCCGUCCGUCGCAAUCUUACCGCAAUACUUUUCCACCAAGAAGGCGCUGGCCAAUGGACUGGCCGCCUCGGGCUCGAGUUUCGGCGGUGUCAUCUACCCCAUCGUCUUCCGCCGGCUCCAGCAGCAGAUUGGGUUUGGCUGGGCCACGCGCGUGCUCGGAUUCAUCUCGUUCGUGACCGUGUGGUUCUCGGUGUUGGUCAUGAAGCCUCGCCUCAUGCCCAAACAGAAACGCCACCUGGUCGACUUGUCCGCCUUGACCGAGCUGCCGUACGUGCUCUUCUGCAUCGCCAUGUUUUUCGGCUUCCUGGGCUUCUACGGACCGAUAUACUAUGUCCAGAACUACGCUAUCCAGAAGCACAUUGUGGACGAGAACCUGGGCUUCUACCUCCUCCCCAUCCUCAACGCCGCAAGCAUCCCAGGCCGGAUCCUCCCGAAUUUCCUUGCCGACCACGUGGGCCCGCUGAACGUGCUCAUACCCUGCUCGAUGAUGACGGGUAUCCUGGCCCUGAUAUGGAUCGGCAUCCAUAACCUCGGCGGCAUCAUUGUCUUUGCGAUCCUGUACGGCUUCUUCUCGGGCGGCUUUGUGUCCAUGCCCCCCGUGGCCAUCGUGGCUUUGACCAAGGACAUGCGUAAGCUCGGCACGAGGAUGGGUCAGUGUUUCUUCAUCAGUGCAUUCGGUUUGCUCGUCGGCACCCCCGUGUCCGGCGCCAUCCUGGGCGAUGGGGACAACUGGCUGGGCGUUCAGCUGUUCAGUGGUGUCGGAAUUGUUGUGACGGCGCUGUUGCUGCUGUGGGCUAGGGUUUCCGCCGCUGGGUGGAACUUGAUGAGGAGGGCGUGA